ACCUUCUAUAGACUAAUCAUAGCCUCCCCGAGUCCCGGACAGUAGGGUGCAUCUCAAGACUGCCGGUAGUGCCGCGCCUUCCCCAAUUUCCAGAAACAUCGCACGCAGCACCGGCAUUUCCACUCGCACAUUGCCAUGAGGUUGUCCGCGGCUCUUCGUAACGCAUGCCGGAACCUCCCGGUUGGUCCAGGGCAUGUACCCCGACACGGUUCCUGUCUAGUUGGCGUCCGGAGGACCUCCACGCCGCUUCCAUUCGGGAGCCACCGUGCCCUCGCGCGUGAUGCAAGCACGGGCAGCGGCCAAACAUCUGAAGCGGCGGUAAAACUCAGGAAGCAGCGAGAUGGCUCCGUCAGCGAACACGCCAUCAGGGAGGUGAUACAGCAGAGCAGACAGGAAUUGGUCCAACUCUGCAGAGAGAACACGGCCAUCACACCUGUGCUCGCCAUUAUCCAGGCAGCAGAGGAUGACCGUUUACUGGAGAUCAACAAGAAGAUGGCGGCCAAGGUGGGGUUGAGCAUCAUGGAUAUCAGUCUGCCGGGGUCCUGCACUGAGGAGGAGGUAUUGGAGGAGGUACUGCGUCUGAAUGAGGACGCUGCUGUGCGGGGCAUCUACCUGCACCUGCCCCCCUCCCGCAUCACCCCUCGCCUGCUCAGCAGCCUCGCUCCACACAAGGACGUGGAUGGGGUGUGUGAUGUGAACGUGGGGCGCAUGGUCCGGGGGGACCUGAGCCAAAGCUUCACCACUCCUCAGGCCAGAGCGGUCAUGGAGCUACUGACCAGACAUGAUGCGUGUCUAGAGGGAAAAACUGCAGUCAUGGUGGGAGGAGAAGGACCCCUUGGGGCUGUCCUGCAGUGCCUGAUGGAAAAGGCAGGCAUGGCGCUUCUGAGAUGUCACCCCGAUACUGCAGCUCUCCAGAAACAGGUGGGGGGGGCCGAUGCGGUGGUGGUGUUGGGGGGGGCUCCCUCCCCCUUGCUGGCCGGAUGGCUGAAACCUGGAGCCGCCCUCAUCUCCUGUAGCCCCAGCUUAACAGAGCCCUGUGCGGGGGCAGAGUCUUUGGCCGUGAGCUCCUGGACUGAAGUGGCCCAACUGAGUGCUGCCUUCAGGAUGCAGAAUGUGGUCCAGAGCUGUGGGAUGUGGGCGGAGUGUCAGAGGUAUCAGCCCUGGAGGCUCCGCCCCCUGAAGCUGCAGCCACUUUCACCUGUGCCCAGUGAUCUGUCCAUCUCGCGGGCCCAGACUCCUAAGCCCAUUGGUCAGUUGGCUCAGGAGAUCGGCCUGCUGCCCGAGGAGCUAGAGCUGUACGGGCGCUCCAAGGCCAAGGUGCGCCUGUCCCUGCUGCAGCGUCUGCAGGAGCAGCCCAACGGCAAAUACGUCAUCGUCGCCGGCAUUACUCCUACUCCACUGGGUGAGGGCAAGAGUACGGUGACCCUCGGUCUGGUCCAAGCCCUCUCUGCUCACCUGCAGCUCAACUCCUUCGCCUGUCUGAGACAGCCUUCCCAGGGACCCACAUUUGGAGUCAAGGGUGGGGCAGCAGGUGGGGGUUAUGCCCAAGUUAUUCCUAUGGAGGAGUUCAACCUGCACCUGACGGGCGAUAUCCACGCCAUCACCGCAGCCAAUAACCUUCUGGCUGCCGCCGUGGACGCCCGCAUCCUACACGAAGCCGCCCAAUCAGAUAAGGCCCUGUAUAACCGUCUGGUGCCGUCUGUGAACGGAGUCCGCCGCUUCUCCCCCAUCCAGCUGAGCCGGCUUCAGCGUUUGGGGAUCAAACACUCAGACCCAGCUGCCCUGUCACCUGAGGAUGUGAGGCGAUUCGUCCGUCUCGACCUUGACCCUGAGAAGGUCACUUGGCAGAGAGUGCUAGACACUAAUGACCGUUUCCUGAGGAGAAUCUCAGUGGGCCAGGCACCUACAGAGAAGGGCCACGUGCGACAGGCUCAGUUUGAUAUAGCAGUGGCGAGCGAGAUCAUGGCCAUCUUGGCGCUGGCUGAUGACCUCACAGAUAUGAGACGGCGGCUUGGGAGCAUGGUGGUGGGCAGCAACAGGAGUGGACAACCUGUCACUGCAGAUGACCUGGGAGUGAUGGGAGCUCUCACUGUGUUGAUGAAAGAUGCCAUCAAACCCACACUCAUGCAGACCCUCGAGGGCACCCCUGUGUUUGUUCAUGCCGGCCCUUUUGCCAACAUCGCCCACGGCAACUCGUCAGUGCUGGCCGACAAACUGGCCCUCAAGCUGGUGGGAGAGGACGGAUAUGUAGGUGAGUGUGUACACACACACACACAGACACACACACACACACACACACACACACACCUCCAGAGUUUGCAGCUGGUGGCAUCUGGCUGCAGUAACCUGAAGAAGCAGAUUCAGAUCGCUCAGCUGUUUGGGGUCCCUGUGGUCGUGGCGCUCACGUCUUCAACACUCCCCCUGCUCUUGCACCUGUUUGUCUUCUACAUAACGACGGACUCCCAGGCGGAGCUGGACCUGGUGUGCUCCAUUGCAAAGGAUUGUGGGGCGGCGGCGGCGGUGCCCUGCCACCAUUGGUCACGUGGGGGGCGGGGCUCUCUGGAGCUGGCCAAUGCGGUGAAGGACGCUGCCGCACAACAGAGCUCUUUCCACUUCCUCUACGACCUGCAGAUGCCCAUCGAGGAGAAGAUCCGGGUCAUUGCCCAGAGGGUGUACGGGGCCGACGAUGUGGAACUGACCCCCAAAGCCCGCGCCCAGGUGGACUACUACACCCAACAGGGUUAUGGCUCACUGCCCAUCUGCAUGGCUAAGACACACCUGUCGCUGUCCCACAUGCCGGAGAGGAAGGGCGUGCCCACUGGAUUCACUCUGCCAAUCACAGACGUCCGUGCCAGCAUCGGGGCGGGCUUUAUCUACCCUCUAGUGGGAACGAUGAGCACGAUGCCAGGCCUGCCCACACGACCCUGUUUCUAUGACAUUGACAUUGACCCCAUCACCGAGGAGAUCACUGGGCUCUUCUGAGCAUGCUCACUGGGACUGAGCGGCAGCAGAAUCUGGUCUGGACCUGAAGCCACGUUGCCAUGCCAACAGUGUCCCCAGUUCUGUCCAGUGUGGAAGUCGUUAUCAGUGUGGUCAGAUGGCUAACGACUGGACCCAGCUUUGAACACGCACAGAUACACUCGCUGUCACACAUACAUAUACGCAGUUACACACACACACCCUCACACAGAUACACACACAUAUACGCACAGGUGCACACGCCCUCGCGCACACCCACACACACACACACUU